GCAACACCAUCGCCGUGAUUCGGUGAAGCACGCGGCCAUUCACAGUUCCAGGUCUCUCCGGUGACUCCGGGACGACGAGCCGGUGCGCGCGUCUCACUCAGCGGCGCGGACAUUGAUAACGCCUCCGGGUUCCCAGCGGUGGAUUUCUAUUGUUGUUGUUGUUGUUUUGUUCGAAAUCCAGGUCGAGUGUGUGAAACGAUGCCGAUGAAGUUGGAAAGUAAUGAGCGAGGAUGCUGAAGCUGCCGGAAAGCCCGCUUUGUUCGGAGGAGCGCAGGGCUUCUGCGCCGCCGUCCUCCCGCAGCUCAUCCCCUGCUGCUUCGUCUUCACUUGGCCUUUCGGUACCGACCGGGAGCGGUGUGCUCUGUCCGGACUGGACCAGCAGCAGGUCAGCACCAUGAGCCUCCACGGAGCCGCCGGCGGGGGCCGAAAAAGAGGAGGGGCGGAACAUUACCGGGACCAACGGCGGCGUUCCGGCGACCGCUCGCGUGACUCCUCCCACGAGAGAGGAGAGAGCCAGCUGACGCCCUGCAUCCGGAACGUCACUUCUCCCACUCGUCAGCACGACCGCCAGCGUGGCGACGGAGGCUCCUCCUCCAGAUCCUCCAGUCCUCGUCCUCCCAGGGUUUCCCUUCCCUGUUCUCACUUCGGCGGGGCCCUGGUCGGGGGACACGUUCCUCGGGCCCCGGGUCCUCCCGGAGCGGACCGCCACCGCUCCAAGACGCUGGGCUCCAGAUCGUGCGAUAUGAUCUACGUGUAUGACCUCAGCGGUAAAGAGGGGCAUCGCAGUGGGCUGAGGCUGGGAGAACGAAUUACACUCAUUGUUGAUGAUACCAGAUUUGUGGUGGAUCCGGCCAUCUUCACGGCUCAACCCAACACCAUGCUGGGCAGGAUGUUUGGUUCUGGGCGAGACCACAACUUUACACGACCCAAUGAGAAAGGGGAGUUUGAAGUGGCCGACGGCAUCAGCUCCACCGUCUUCAGAGCCAUUCUGGAUUACUACAAGUCGGGGAUAAUCCGCUGCCCCGACGGCGUCUCCAUCCCCGAGCUGAGGGAGGCAUGUGACUACCUCUGCAUCUCCUUCAACGACAGCACCAUCAAGUGCAGAGACCUCAGCGCCCUGAUGCACGAGCUGUCCAACGACGGCGCCCGCCGCCAGUUCCAGUGCUACCUGGAGGAGAUGGUGCUGCCGCUGAUGGUGGCCAGCGCCCACAGCGGGGAGCGGGAGUGUCACGUGGUGGUGCUGACCGACGAAGACGUGGUGGACUGGGACGAAGAGUAUCCCCCGCAGAUGGGCGAGGAGUACUCACAGAUCAUCUACAGCACCAAGCUGUACCGCUUCUUCAAAUACAUCGAGAACAGAGACGUGGCCAAGAGCGUCCUGAAGGACCGCGGCCUGAAGAAGAUACGCCUGGGGAUAGAAGGCUACCCGACCUACAAAGAGAAGGUGAAGCGGCGUCCCGGAGGUCGUCCGGAGGUCAUCUACAACUACGUCCAGCGUCCCUUCAUCCGCAUGUCCUGGGAGAAGGAGGAGGGGAAGAGCCGCCACGUGGACUUCCAGUGCAUCAAGUCCAAGUCCAGCAGCAGCCUGGCCGCCGCCGGCGCCGCAGACGGGCCCCGGGACCAGCCGGGGGCCCCGGACCCUCAGGCGGACGAGCUGGACACCGCGGGCGUCAACGAUCCCCAUCAGCCGGCUCUGGGACCGGCGCCGGAGAACACGGCGGGCCCCCAGCAGGCCCGGGACCCCCAGCAGGCCCAGGACCCCCAGCAGGCCCAGGACCCCCAGCAGGCCCGGGACCCCCAGCAGGCCCAGGACCCCCAGCAGGCCCAGGACCCCCCUCACAGCAGCAGCUACACUCAGGCCACCUACCACUACAAGCCGGACCCCGACUCACCCUCGCCCUCCGCAUGAGACACUGGACUACAACUGACACUGGACUACAAAUGACACUGGACUACAAAUGACACUGAACUACAACUGACACUGGACAACAAAUGACACUGGACUACAACUGACACUGGACUACAAAUGACACUGAACUACAACUGACACUGGACUACAACUGACACUGGACUACAACUGACACUGGACUACAAAUGACACUGGACUACAACUGACACUGGACUACAAAUGACACUGAACUACAACUGACACUGGACUACAACUGACACUGAACUACAAAUGACACUGGACUACAAAUGACACUGGACUACAACUGACACUGGACUACAAAUGACACUGGACUACAACUGACACUGAACUACAAAUGACACUGAACUACAAAUGACACUGGACUACAACUGACACUGGACUACAAAUGACACUGGACUACAACUGACAUGUGGCUGUCGGACUCAGAGCGGCUCGGAGCACAGACACUUGAUUGGCCGUCGAGAGCCAAUAAGGACGCAGCGUUCCAGAUGAAGCACCUGCUGCCCCCCCCCCCCCCCCCAAACACCACUCGGCCUUCCUCUGCAGCCAACGGUUCUUUACUCAGCGGACCAGAGGAGUUCAUUCUGCCUGUGAGGAGACACACCUGCUGCUGGGAUACCUCACCCUCAACGUACCUCCUCUCCUCCUCUCCUCUCCUCUCCUCCUCAUCCUUUCAUCUCUUCUGCUCCGAGCACACAGAACAUGUUGGAGACACAAUGUUUUACAAUAAAUGCUUCAAACACA